AUGCAAGUAUUCGAAGGUACUGUGAAGAGACAAGGUCUUGAACACCAUCAGAUUUCUUUAGUGGCAACGGGGCUGAGAUCAGCAACGAUGGGUCACUCGUCUCUCAUUCCAGAAAUCUUUGACAGAAAGUCACAGAAGGUUGAGAGAUUUCCCGACCAAUUUGGCUUUUGA